GAAUCAUCCCGCUCUCCAAACACGACCGACUUCGUCUUCCCGUUUGAUCCCAUUUAAAUCCCUAGAUCUCUCCUUCUCUGCCUCCCCCAUUCGAUCUCUCGGCCUCCUCCUCCACAGAGUUGUAGGAUUGGGAUCUUUUUCUUCUUGCUUAGACAAAGGAUAGAUGUCGUCGGCCGUCAUGAAUAUGACUUCAUUGGCUUUGGGAUGGUUCUCUUCAUCGUUUGAUGCUCCUUUAGCUCGGGCUGUUGUUUUUGGGGUCCAUAUUGAUGGGCAUUUAGUUCUAGAAGUGCUUUUGAUUUUGGUUAUUCUCUUCCAACUCUCAAGGAAGAGUUACAAGCCGCCCAAGAAGCCUCUCACUGAGAAGGAAAUAGAUGACCUUUGUGAAGAAUGGGUUCCAGAACCUCUUCAUCCUCCAAUUACAGAAGAAAUGGUAGUUGAGCCUCCUACAUUGGAAAGUGCUGCAGGGCCGCAUACCAUAAUCGAUGGAAAAGAAGUUGUAAACUUUGCAUCUGCCAAUUAUCUUGGACUUGUUGGGAAUGAGAAGAUAAUUGAUUCCUGUGUUGAUUCUUUGGAGAAGUAUGGUGUUGGUUCUUGUGGUCCUCGUGGUUUCUAUGGCACAAUUGAUGUCCACCUUGAUUGUGAGACCAGAAUUGCAAAGUUUUUGGGAACACCGGAUUCAAUUCUUUACUCUUAUGGAAUAUCAACAAUUUUCAGUGUCAUUCCAGCCUUCUGCAAGAAAGGAGAUAUAAUUGUUGCUGAUGACGGUGUCAACUGGGCUGUGCAAAAUGGGCUCCAUCUAUCUAGGAGCACUAUAGUUUAUUUUAAGCAUAAUGAUAUGGCUUCUCUGCAAAGUGCUUUGGAGAAAACCACUAAGGGAAAUCGGCGGGCAGAGAAGCUCCGACGGUAUAUUGUUAUUGAAGCUGUUUAUCAGAAUUCUGGUCAGGUAGCCCCACUGGAUGAGAUUGUCAGGCUGAAGGAGAAAUACCGUUUCCGACUUAUUAUGGAUGAGAGUAACUCAUUUGGGGUGCUUGGAAAUUCUGGAAGAGGCCUUUCUGAACAUUGUGGUGUUCCGAUUGAGCAAGUUGAUAUCAUAACUGCUGGUAUGGGAAAUUCAUUGGCAACUGAUGGAGGCUUUUGCACUGGAAGUGUUAGAGUUGUUGAUCAUCAGCGACUCAGUAGCUCUGGCUAUGUCUUCUCUGCAUCUUUGCCUCCCUAUCUCGCAAGCGCUGCCAUUUCUGCUGUCAAUCACUUGGAAGAGAACCCAGCCAUCCUCGCGUCAUUGAGGAAUAACAUUGCUCUUCUGUGGAAAUGUCUUUCCGAUGUGCCCGGGCUUACUAUUUCAAGCCAUCCUCAGUCACCCAUAGUUUUUCUAAAGCUGAAGAAUUCAACAGGCUCCUUCAAGAGUGACAUGCAGCUACUUGACAAUAUCGUUGACCGGGUUCUAAAGGAAGACUCUGUAUUCCUUGUCACCUCCAAAAGGUCGAAGUUAGAUAAGUGUCGUCUUCCUGCAGGCAUUCGAAUGUUUGUUUCAGCAGGCCAUUCGGAGGCUGAUGUCCGAAAGGCAGCUGAAUCAUUGAAGAGAGUUGCAGGAUCUCUGUUAUCUUGAGGCUUUUUAUCAGAUGAGAAGGAAGGGAACUUUCUGGCAUAAUUCUGAUCAUCAUAUUCAGACCAACAUGAAUAAGAUGUUUUUGUUGGCUUAUUUUUAGAAUGUAUAUAUAUAUGUUGUAUUUGCAUUCCAUUCUCUGCACUGUAUUUCUAGGAAUUAUGUAGAUCUUGCAUUCCUGAUUGUGAUACUUGUCCAGAAUUUUGCUUCAUUUAUACACUGAAUUAAUGUUGUAACUUUCCUGAGUGUUUGUCAAAUAAACUUUGUUGUAGGGGUGUUUUCAUCA